AUGCCAUAAUCGUUCACUCGGUCACUGUGGUUGAGUCGAUUUGAGAGUUGAGAUCCGAUUCACCGAUUGGUUGCAAAAAGAAAUACACAUUGAUUGCGCUCUCAGCGUUCGCAUUGACAUAACCUAGACUUUAAUGGUUUAAAUUUUCACAUUUAAUGAUUUUAUUUUAAUACUAAAAUGGCCACAGUUGACAACAAACCUUCAGAUGCUCCAGAACAUUGUCCUGGGACUCAGAGUGAAUCUGCAGGUAAAGUUUCUGCUUGUCAAGGCUGUCCCAAUCAGUCGAUUUGCGCUUCUGGUGCUACACGAGGUCCUGACUUAGGGGCAGAGCUGGUGAAGGCUCGUCUAACUUCAGUCAAGCACAAGUUGCUAGUCCUCUCUGGCAAGGGUGGUGUGGGCAAGAGCACGUUCACUUCACUUCUAGCUAGAAGUCUAGCUGCUCAGGAUCCAGAUAGAAAUGUGGCAGUCCUUGAUCUGGACGUGUGUGGACCCUCCAUCCCCCGUGUGAUGGGUGUCCUGGGGGAAUCAGUCCAUCAAAGUGGGUCUGGCUGGUCACCUGUGUUUGUAGAAGACAAUCUGUGUGUGAUGUCCAUCGGGUUCUUACUGGCCUCGGCAGACGAUGCUGUCAUCUGGAGAGGUCCUAAGAAAAACGGCAUGAUCAGGCAGUUUCUGAGCGAGGUGGACUGGGGUGAGACUGUGGACUAUCUCGUGCUGGACACUCCACCAGGCACAUCGGACGAACACCUCUCUGCAGCCACUUACCUCAAGACAUGCCCGGGCCUUGCUGCGGUUGUGCUCACUACACCUCAAGAGGUGUCGCUGCUGGAUGUACGGAAGGAGAUUGACUUCUGCCGAAAAGUCAACAUUCCAGUGCUGGGAGUGGUGGAGAAUAUGAGUGCAUUUGUCUGUCCUAAGUGUAAGGUAGCAUCAGAUAUAUUUCCAGCAGACAGUGGUGGAGCAGUGGAGAUGGCUCGGGAACUGAAGAUCCCAUUCUUGGGAAAGUUGCCACUGGACCCGCUGCUAGCAAGGUGUUGCGAUGAGGGCAGGAACUAUCUCACAGAGAUGCCAGACUCGCCCACUGUCUCGGCCGUCACAGAGAUUGUCAAGAAGAUAGUAGCAGCUUGUGAAGAGCAAAGAUAGGACAGUGAAGAGUCACACUUGCCACUGAGAAGCACAAAGAGUAAAUUGCAAACUUGGGUCGAUGUAGAUUGAUAGAUGAUUAGCUAUAAGUAUAUUGUAUGAUUUAGCUCUUACUUGUCUUCAACCUUUCAAAGUGAUAUGUUGACAGAAGUCAUAAAUUAGUAUUGCUACCACAUCAAUUACAAGCUGAAUAUAUGUUUUAUUUACGAUUACCAUAUGUAAUACAACAUACUAUUUUUCUUUAUGAGAAAUGCAUAAAACAUUGUCUAUAUUUUGGAAGUGUUAUUCUAUCAACAUUUACCACUUUGACUUUGAUUUUGAAUGCUGUGUCUAAGUUAUCGUAAUAUAGAAUUCACAUUACAAAAGUAAAGACUUUUUCCAAAGCUACGCAUCUAAGUUUUCACUUACAUUUCAGUUUUAAAAUAACACAACAAUGGCUAAUGUCCUUAAUAUUAUUUUUUCAUCCAUUGUGAUUAACAUAAUUUUAAACAAAGUCGGAAAUUAUAAUUUUAUUAUUAUAUUAUUCAUUAAACAUAAUUAAUUAAUUUUUUAUGCUACUUAAUUAAUUAAAGUAGAUAAUUUAAUAACAAAAGUAUUUAUCUUUAGCUUAUUUAAAAUGAAAACAUUGGCAGGCUGCCUUUUUGUCCUGGAUAGAGAUGGAGUCCUCUUGUUUGUGGAUUGUUCUACUUUUACCAGAACCUUUUAAAUGAGAUGUCACUCGAUGGGGUUUAAAUUUAAAAAUGUAACAUACUCGUGCAAACCCUAUUUAGGAUUGGGGGUUGAAAUCUUCAUAUAUCCCAAAAAACAUGAUAUAUAAUCCUAUAUCGACCACCCCCAUGGAUAUUGGUUAAAAUAUUUCUUUUCAAAUGUUUAUAGGGGAGGUGGGACUUUUGGAACAUGUGUGGUGUCAGGCAAUAGAAUUAGAAGUAUACUUAUAUGCCAUCUGAAGUUCAGUUGUCAGUACAAAAUAUGAUACUAAUGGCAGUCAACCUGUUGAAAAAUGAUUUUAUUCGUUGAAGUGUUGGACGUUGGAUUUGUAAUCAAAGUUAAUCAGUGAUAUAAUGUACUUAAAAUAACAACUAUCAUAAGUCAAAUACUAGCUUCUGAGCAUUCAAUGCAAGUCGUUAAGAAGUUAUUUUAACCCUUUAAGGA